CGCCUGCAACUAAAACAUCGCGGUUUGCAUGCAUGAGGAUUGUAAAGAAACGACGGCAAUUUAUACUUUCCUUGUGUUUCUCUAUGAACAUGAAGCGCGGUGGAGUGAACAUCUCCAGAGAGUUCUUCCAGCUGUUUAACGUUAAGUUUUGCCUCCAUAAACUCAAUGCAAACGCGUACUAAACUUGUUUUAUCUCGAGCACAAAUGCAAUGCGUUUCUUUCCUAUGCAUUAUUUAUAUAUCGCAUGCUUUUCAGUCGCCUUGCAUCCACGCGCACGCAGCCACCUGAAGGAUGUACCAGAUGAAGUGGACCGGGAGUUCUGAAUCCAGGCGCAACCGGGCGAGUCGGCGAAUCCCAGCGGAGAUGAGCUGAACUAACAGAUCCACCCACCAUCUCAUCUGUGAGGAUUUUAAAUUGGCGAAAAACAAUUCUCAAAGGAUGGUAUGAGCAUCCCUCAGCAUUGCUCAUGUACAGCGCAUUUUGUGUACAUGCAUUCCAAGAAUAAUGGAAAUCGAGGAAGUUUUCUACAUGUGCAUGCCCAACGCAGUUAAAUGUAAGAUGCGGAGACUUUAUUUUCGGUCCUGUCCAACUGCAGUCAAAUAAUGGCAUGUAAAGGCUCUUGCUGCUGUGGCUUUGGUCCCGUGAAUGAAGAUAAUGCCAGGUUUAUAAUGCUGAUGCUGUUCAUCGUCCUGUACCUGCUGUGUGGAGCCGCUGUGUUUUCAGCACUGGAGCGUCCAAUGGAGAAACAAGCCAAGGAAAGAUGGGCUCAGAGGUUUGAGCUCUUCAGCCAAAAGUACAACCUCAACAGAAGUGAUUUGGAGAAGUUCUUGAGAUAUUACGAGGAGGCGAACAUGGCAGGUAUACGGGUGGACACCCUCAGACCUCGCUGGGAUUUUACCGGGGCGUUUUAUUUCGUCGGCACAGUUGUUUCCACCAUAGGUUUUGGAAUGACGACACCCGCCACGGUCGGUGGCAAAAUCUUCCUCAUCUUUUACGGUCUCAUCGGCUGCGCAGCCACCAUUUUAUUCUUCAACCUUUUCUUGGAGAGGAUAAUAACAGUCCUGGCUAUCAUCCUCAAGUUCUGCCACGAAGUCCAACGUCGACGCAAGGGAGUUUUGCCUCACGACAGCAGACAGGGCUCGCGCAACGUGAGACUGAGCCGCGAGGACAGUCUGGCGGGAUGGAAGCCGUCGGUGUAUUGUGUGAUGCUGAUUCUUUGCGUAGCAGCAAUAAUCGUCUCUUGUUGUGCUUCAGCUAUGUACUCUUCCAUUGAGGGAUGGGCUUAUUUAGAUUCGCUUUACUUCUGCUUCGUGGCGUUCAGCACCAUUGGGUUCGGAGAUAUGGUUAGCAGUCAGAGGGCCAGCUACGAGAACCAGGCCUUCUACCGUAUCGGCAAUUUCAUCUUGAUAUUGAUGGGCGUUUGCUGCAUUUACUCGCUUUUCAAUGUCAUCUCCAUUGUCAUCAAGCAGGUGCUCAACUGGCUCUUAAAAAAGCUUGAGAUUCCAUGUCGCCACUGCCACGGAAGGUCCCUCCGGCCCCGCCGGAACGCUGUCAUGCCUGGGCAUCACAGGACACGUGCCCGCAACAUUUCUAUAGACACGGAUGCGGUGAAUGACAGCGAGACGGACGGUCGCAGGCUGUCUGGAGAAAUGAUCUCCAUGAGAGACUUUCUGGCGGCUAACAAGGUGAACCUGGCGAUCAUGCAGAAACAGUUGUCCGAGACGGCCAACGGACAUCCCCGGCCAUGCAAGUCGACUCAUAGGCACAAUGGAUUCUCCGGAGGAGUGGGAGCCUUGGGCAUAAUGAAUAAUAGGCUUGCAGAGACUAGCGUGGAGAGAUAAAUAUGAACUUUGUCACAAACAAACACUUUAUGACACUUCAGAUUGCACUGUUCAUAGUUGAUCUAUAAUGACCUCUUUAGGAGAAGGCCUGUAUAUGUAGUUUAUUAUACGUGUAAGUUGAUGAUAUAUUCAUUAUCCGUUGCUGCUCUCAAGGUGAGAUAAUGGAAAACUGAAGCUCAGGUAUGUUUUUAAGGCGAAGGGAAAGCUGCACCAUCCUUUGAUUCGAACUCUAUUGAAAGAUGUUUUGGCGAAUGGAGGAUUUAUGAUUUCCAAAUGAGCACUUUAUAACAGGACGAGGGAAUAUUUUUCACUCCAUCAAAUGAUAUAUGUAAACACAAUAUGUCACAAUGCCGGAUAUCCCACUAAGGUCUGAGGGAAAAUCGAACUGAAUACAUUUUCAAUUAUAUGUACUGCGUAGCAAUUUGAGGAAAACAAUUGAAAUGAAAAAUGUGCAUUAGUUGGUUCUGUUUUGGCCCUCUCGCAUACUCUUUUUGACUCUUUUAUAUACUCCUGUCUUUGGAUGCCUCGCUUCUGUCUUAUCACCAUUUUUUUGGUUGGUCUGCUGAAUGAUAAAGGCCUAAGUGAUAAGGUGAUGCAAAUUACAUUUUCCAGUAGCAUACAGUCCUUAUCACUGUGCAGGUAUUUAGAUAUUGGUGCAUGAAGUAUGACUAUUAUGAGAGAUAGACACCCUUACGUUCCAUCGGUAAUUGACGUCAAUACUGCAGAUAAUCCAGAUACUCGUGAGUGUCAAACAGCUGUAGAGAAUUCAUGGCUCAAGAGCCUAUUGAUUCCUUGAAGUGUUUAUCAGGUAUCGCACAUGAAACGGAGGAUUCUGACAUAAUUAGGAGAGAGAAAUGAGCAAGAUUGCUUUGAAACAAUG